GACAAUGAAUCUGUUCAGUAUUACUACACUGACUUAUAGUCCAGUUGAACAACCCAGUCCUAGUUUAACUAUUAUUUUUUAUAAAUGUAUAACAAAAGUUAACAUAAUUAUUUGUUGGUGUGCACAAUGAAAUAAUUAUAAACCAAAGAGAGGAUGAAUUCUACUCAGGUUUCAUAUUUCACACUUGCUGCCUAUUUUGAUACGGGGGGGUUUAAAUACUUAUAUUUCAUAGUUCUUAUGUCUUUAUAUUUGUUAAUAGUUAGUGCUAAUGUGUUGCUCAUUGUGGUUAUCUGUAGUAACAGAAGCUUACAUGAACCUAUGUACCUUUUCCUGUGCAGCCUGUUUGUAAAUGAACUGUAUGGUAGUACAGGGUUGUUUCCAUUCCUUCUGGCUCAGAUCCUCUCUGACAUUCACACUGUUGCUGCUCCGCUCUGCUUCCUGCAGGUUUAUUGUGUGCAUUCUUACGGAGCUGUUGAAUAUUUAAACUUAGCCGUCAUGUCUUAUGACCGAUAUCUGGCUAUCUGUUAUCCUCUACAAUAUAACACCCGUAUGACACGGGACAAGAUUGCAGCUCUUAUUGCCGUAACGUGGUUAUAUCCUUGUUGUGCGAUGGUGGUUUCGCUGUCUUUGAGUUCUCCUUUGCAGCUCUGUGGGAACAUCAUCCACAAAGUUUACUGUGAUACCCACUCUGUUUUGAAGCUGGCCUGUUCUGAUACCAAUGUAAUCAACAUCUAUGGACUCAUUGCCACUUUUAGCACAAUCUCUGUUUCUUUACUUGUAAUCCUUUACACGUAUAUAAAGAUCCUUAAAGUGUGUUUUUCUGGUUGUAAACAGACCAGACAGAAAGCUGUCAGUACCUGCACACCUCACCUCGCUUCCCUCUUGAACUUUUCUAUUGGAGUUAGCUUUGAAAUAAUACAGAGCAGGUUCAAUAUGAGCAGUGUACCCAAUGUAUUGCGAAUUUUUCUAUCAUUGUACUUUUUUACCUGCCAGCCUCUCUUUAACCCUGUACUCUACGGCCUGAAAAUGUCCAAAAUCCGUGCCAUAUGUAAAAGUCUGAUAUCAAAUGCAGACUAUUAA